CGUCGGCCAACUCUCUUCCAUCCUUCACUUCUCCUAUCUCUUCUCAUUCUCAUCGUUCUCAUCGAGCAGUCAUCUCCUCUCCCGCGACAUGCUCCCCGCCCCGCGCGCGCACAAUGUUGCGCCGCCGCCUAAGGCUUCCACCUCGGGCUGGGCGGAUGACCUCGACGACGACGACGGAUGGCAGGACAUGCCCGUGGUCCGCUCAGACGACUUUACCUCUGACUUGGACGCGAUCGAUGAUAAGCGAUACGGCUUCCGCCCACCCGCACGGCUCGAUGUAGACGAGAAGGAGGCGGCAGGUGUUUCGAACGCGACUGGCGUACGCCUCGAGCUCGAACCCGACCAGAUCACAACCGACUCGUGGCGCGAGAAAGCCGGCGUCGACGAGGGCGAAUAUACACGCCUCCGACUAGACGAGGACAACGAAAGCGAGGAGGUGCACAUGCGCACGCGCUACCUCUUCGACGAGGACAAGGCGAUGACGCCUCUGUCCCAAAUGCAGGCGACCAAGGAGCUGCUCACGGAGGGUCAGCGGAUUGCGUAUGUCGGUCUGUGUCAGCUUAUUGCGCGGCGCAUGGUGCGUGACAUGGGGCGCGGGUGGGAGGGGACGAAGGAGAAGGCGCGCCAGGCAAAGAUGUGGAAGGGAAAAGGGCGGCCGCACGACGUGCCCGUCGUCGAGAGCGGCAGUCUCUGGAUGCUCAAGAUCAUGGCACGACUGUACCAGCAUAUGGAGCUGAGUCCCGAUGAGCAGCGCAUGAUCGAGAGCCUCGCUGAGCACGGUGUCGACCCAGCCGACCUCGUACCCGCACUCAUGGCCACGCAUACAGUCAAGAAUCCCGAGUUCGACCCCGAAGCCAAGCGUCGCGCAGAUCUCAAGAUCGAGGAGGAUUGUCUCGCUGCUGUGCCCGAGGAGCAAGAGGAUGAUGACCCCGCACCACCAUACGAGGAGGCGGUUAAAACACCACCCGCGCACCAGCCAGCCUCACCCUCUCCCUUGCCCUCUCCCUCGCACGAGCUUCCUACGUCCCCAAUACAGCAGCCACGCGCAUCCACCUCAACAAUACGACCCAUGCCGUCCCUCUUCGACGACGAGGGCGAGGUGACAAGUGUGCCAGCGACUAAGCCACCACCUCGCAGCACGUCGUUGAGACCCAUGCCCAGCCUCUUCGAUGAUGACGGAGACAUCGGGGCCUCUUCCUCACCCUCCCCAUUACCCCGGUCCGUUGAGGACGAGGGAGACAUUGCGGGAGACAUGCACUCUGCAUCACGCUCACCGCGCCUCUCAUCUGACAGUCCAGGGUUGCUCGAACCGCGACGCUCGUCGGAUGGGCGCCGCUCGUCCGAAGGACGGAGGUCAACCGACAGCCGAAGGUCGUCUGCGGAACACAGGAGGAACACGGAGGCACCGACGGAGCAACCCGAGCCGCCGUCCAAGGCAGUUGAGACAACCCCCAAGCCCGAGCAGGCACCAUUAGACGGCGGCGAGGAUUUCCAGGCGAUGCCAGCGCUGCCGGGCGUCUCAACAUCUCUGACAGCUGCAGAUGAAAUGGUCACCUUAGACAUCCGAUGGACGGUUCUUUGUGAUCUAUUCCUCGUACUCAUUGCCGACUCGGUGUACGAUUCGCGUUCGCGCGCUUUCCUGGAGCGCGUCGCCAACGCACUCGGCUUCGUGUGGCUCGACAUUGUCCGCUUUGAGAACCGCGUGACAGACGCGCUCGAAAUUGAGGAGAGUGUGUCGCAGCUGGAGCAGGGCGACGUGAUUGAAAGUCGGAAGAAGAGAGGCAAGACACGUCGCUACGCGCUGAUGGGCGCUGCCGCGGCCGGCGGAGCGCUCGUGAUUGGUCUCUCGGCAGGCCUACUUGCCCCAGUUAUUGGCGCUGGUCUAGGCGCCGCCCUCGGUGUCGUUGGCAUCAGUGGAACGGCGGGAUUCCUCACAGGUGUGGGAGGUAUCACGAUGAUCACUACCACAGGCGUGCUUACUGGAGCCAAUAUUGCCGGCAGGGGCAUGGCGAAGCGCACGCGUGAAGUGAGAACAUUCAUCCUCAGGCCACUGCACAAUAACAAGCGUGUAUCCUGUUACAUCACCGUGGGCGGCUUCAUGGCAGGCAAGGGCGACGACGUGCGCCUUCCGUUCUCCGUGCUGGACCAAAUCGUUGGCGACGUAUUCUCUGUGUUGUGGGAGCCUGAGAUGAUGGCUGAGAUGGGUAACGCCAUCGCGAUCAUUUCGAACGAAGUAUUGUCGUCCGUUGGGCAGCAAAUUCUGGCCGCCACAAUUGCCGGUGUGCUCAUGAGUGCCCUCCAGUGGCCAGUGUUGCUCGCCAAGCUCGGAUAUCUCAUCGACAACCCGUGGUCCAACGCCAUGGACCGUGCCAAGGCUGCCGGCCUGGUCCUCGCCGACGUGCUAAUUGAGCGCCACGUCGGUGUCCGCCCCACCUCGCUCAUCGGCUUCUCGCUCGGUGCGCGAGUGAUUUUCUACGCGCUCCUCGAGCUAUCGCGCCGCGGCGCGUAUGGCAUCGUACAGGACGUGUAUCUCUUUGGCGCAACCUUCACGGCGAAUCGCCAGACGUGGCUCGAUGCGCGGAGCGUAGUCGGCGGAAGGUUUGUCAACGGCUUUUCGACCAACGAUUGGAUGCUUGGGUAUCUCCUCCGAGCCGCCACAGGUGGUCUGCAGACUGUAGCAGGCUUGCGGCCCGUGGAGACUGUCCCUGGAUUGGAGAACGUAGAGGUUACCGACCUCAUCCACGGCCACAUGAGCUAUCGCACUGUGAUGCCGCAGCUGCUUGCGCGCGUUGGCUUUCCUGUCACUGCGGAAUACUUUGACGAACCAGACGACCCCGAUCUCGACCCGGACAUCCAGGAGCGGUAUAUUGUUCAGGACGAGGAAGAGGAGGAACAGCGAAAGCAGAAGAAGAUCCUCGGCAUUUUCCCUCGCAAGAACAAGGGCAGCCGAAACAACUCGGGGAGGAGCACCCCGGCACGUAAGUCCGGCGAUGUCGCGACGAGCUCCGCGACUCCGGCGCGGGAGGCCGACGACGACGACGAUCUGCCUCCCCGCGAGGACCACCUCCCCCCUCGCGAAGAAGAGGCCGAUCUCGGUGAGAUGCCUCGUGCCUCGCAUGACCCACGAGCCUCUGGCGACUCGCCGAAGACGUCGUCAGACGUGCCAAAGAUAUCAUCACCUGACCCUGCCGACGAGGAGGCAGCAGUUCGGCAUAUUCCUAAGACGGCUGGAUUUGACUUUGCGGCAAUCGGCAAGGUGCUGGGCAAGGACCUGGACGUGUCCAAGAUUGAUCAUAAUCCGACACCUCCUGCCGAGGCGCGGUCUACGUCGCCUCUCAAGGUUCCUGAACGCACCGAGUCAGCGCCCCCACCCUCCGCCUCCCCUGCCUCCUUUAGCCAUCCUGGUGCACCAAGAAGCAACACAGCCAACAGCUUCCACGGCUUGCCGGUCGAAGACGAUGGCGACAUUGCCAUUAUGGCGCAGAAGCAUGCCGCGGAGAAGGAGGCCGCAGCCAGUGCGAGCCUCGAGAUGCCGAGCUGGGACCGGCCUGCGUGGCCCGUUGAGGAUAAGAAGAAGGCACCGUCCGUCUUUGGCUUCAAUGCUUGGGCGUCUCCAGCCUCCGCCCAAAGCGGCUCGUACAACCAGAUGGGGAUGCGCGCGGCGCCGCCUGCGCGGCCCCACCCGCCCGACCUCAUGGCCAACCCCUUCGCGAACCCGUUCGCAUCAAAUGGCGACGAGCGGUCGGGCGCGGGGGCGACGAGUCGCUCAGGGCAGCCGAAACGGCUGGAGGACGCGCUCGAGAACCCGUGGUAGGAGAGGCGCCUGGCGCUUAGAACAUAGACAGGAGCUUUACGGAGCAACUAGUGGGCCUUUGGACGCUCUGCGGAGAUGCACUUAUUCACACAGGG